AUGACCAAGGUGGGUCUACGACUGUGGGUCCGACCUGAGACCAAAAUUCUUUUGGUUGGAAGGAAAGAAGAAGUUCAGCCCACACUCUGGACCCCAGUAUUCCGCAACACUGUUCACCCUCUGUACGUCGGCCUGAGUGACCUCACCUUCAGAGCUCUCCAGAAUUUCAGUGGCCAAUUACAGUGUCUUCGUAUAAAUGCAAAUAAUUUAUGCGCAGAUCAAGAUUUUCUGAACAAUGAGGAUGAAGCCAAAAGUCUCCACGGCCUGCUUUUAAGUAUUGUCACUCUGCCUUAUUUUCCAUACGUUGACUUCCAGCUGAACAGACGGGACCUUUCCAGACCCGCUCUUCUGGAAGACUGUUUGGGCAAAAGGAUCAUCGACGCUGUGUCUCCUGUACUGAACUUUACAUACAAGAUCACCGCCCCACCAGACCUGCAGUUUGGCACUCCGACGGUCAAUGGUACUUGGACGGGCAUUAUUGGCAUCUUCCAGAAAGAGGGAGGGGAUAUGACACUGAUGAUGGCAACGAGCGAUGGGAAGAACCCCAUCAUUGACCACGCACGGAUAGUCCCAUCUGACGCGGUUGUCAUAGUCUCGCUGAAGCCACGCCCACCCCCUCAGUACUUCGUUAUAAUUCGACCCUUUACAGUGAACGUUUGGAUUUAUGUGCUGGCGAGCAUCAUGAUAUGGGCAGUGUCGUUCUGGGUAUUGCAGAAGCUGAGAUCGAAAGUCAUGGAAAAGAAGAGCAUCAGUCUGGAAGGAGCCAUAUUUUACAGCAUCGCUGUGGUGCUGGAUCAUCCACCCGAGGACGCUCCGAGGCAUAGCACAGGACAGAUGUCCCUCGCCUGGUGGCUGAUCCCUUGCCUGGUCCUCUCGACAGUCUUCAGGUCGUCUCUCGUCGCCCAGCUGUCGGUUCAGAGCAAGACGAAGCCCAUCAACAGUUACGACGACUUGAUCAAACAGAGCCACUGGAGUUUGGGGAAUCCUCGACGAAAUGCUGGCUGGACAGCCGAGGCUCUACUUCACCAAUGA